CCAAUGCCGCCUACCAAACACAGCAACACCACUCUGUUGUCAUACGAUGGGAUCAUCAUCGGACACAUAGGCGUCAUCAGCCAAGAAGUGGUCUUCAGUGACAGACGCCAGCACUUGACCUUCUGCGUCUCCAAGAAAGGAAGACAGGCACCACUUGGGCUCAAGGCGAGUGAAAUGCUCGGGCUAGUUACCAGGACAGUCGACGCAGGUGCAGCAAACAGCUCCGAACAAGCAAUGCCAGAAUUCGGCGAACUAUUCGAAGGUACCGGCUGCGUGCAACGACACUACACGAUGGUUAUCUCCGCGGAUGCUGUCCCAGUGGUUAAAGCCGCCCGCCGAGUCCCGUUAGCCCUGAAGGAACCACAUCGCAGCGAGCUGAAGCGGAUGGAGCAAGCGGGCAUUGUCACCAAGGUGAAUGAGGCAACUGAAUGUGAACAACAUGACCAGCGCUUGAGAUCAGUCCUCAAAGCUGCAAGGCAAUCUGGGCUGAAGCUGAACGCCGAGAAGUGCAAGGAAAAGAACUCAUCUUGGCGGACAUGCUGUCGCGAGCCACAACCGUGAAGCCGGACCAGGACGAUGCGUACACUGACGCCGACGUGGAAAUACAUGCCGUAAGUA